AUGAUUCCCUCUGAAACUUACACCAUCAUAUUAGAUUUCAUUGUGGAUGGAUUAGAUUGUCUAAGAGCAAAUUUCAAUCGAAAAUGCUCUACCUUGGAAUCUUGGCAGCUUGUGCUCUACAGCAUUUCCUUUUCGUUGUUCAUUUCCUGGAUAUUUAAAGUCUCGGCAUCGGAUGAUAACUUUUUGCAACGUUUUAGGAGAUUAUCUUAUUUUAUGUUACGCAGUCUUCCAUGGGUGAAGAGAAGACAUCAAUCAGACCUUUCAAAAUUGCGCGAAGAAGUAGAAGAAGAAAUCCAUCAGUGGGAUAAGAUUAGAGAUUUCUACAAAUUCCUACCGGAACGUCCUUUGAAUAGCGAAGACAUCAUAACUGAAGCGAGACAAUAUGCUUCUAUGGGAGAGAGAAGAUAUAUGGAACAUUAUGAUCCAAAAACCAAAAAUGAAGAUUUGAAGUUAUCUUCUCAGGUGUACGAGUUAUUCUCUCACUCCGAUCCUCAUCGUUCAGAUGCAUUUCCAGGUAAUAGGAAAAUGGAGUCAGAGAUUCUUCGAAUGUGUUGCUCGAUGUUUCACGGAGGAACUGAAUCAUGUGGUGUUGUAGCAGGAGGAGGAACGGAAUCAACUCUUUUAGCCUGCCUAGCCUAUCGAAACCGAGCAUACUCGUUGGGGAUUGAUAGGCCCGAGAUUGUCGCUCCUAUUACUGCACACGCUUCCCUUGAGAAAGCCGUUUCGCUGUUUGGGAUGAAAGUUCAUAGGGUGCCUGUUUUGGAGAGCGAUAAAGUAGAUGCAGAAUGUUUGAAGAAGUAUAUCAAUCGAAAUACUUGUAUGAUAGUUGCUUCAGCCCCGAAUCAUAUCACUGGAACAAUAGAUCCUAUUGAGAACCUAGCUGAAAUUGCUCAAGCAUUUGGAAUUCCUUUACACGUUGAUGCUACUCUGGGUGGAUUUAUUAUUCCAUUUAUGGAAUAUUGCGAUUUAAAUAACAAAACAAUCGAUUUCCGCUUACCAGGGGUGACCUCCAUCUCUGUUGAUUUACACAGAUAUGGACAAUGUCCUCGAUCUUGUUCGGUUCUGAUGUACCGUAACAAUUCGUAUAUUCGUUAUCAGUUUUUCUCGAAUCCAUUCUGGGCCGGAGGGUUGUACGCCACACCAACUUUGGCUGGCGGUCGAGAUGGAGGAGCGGUUGCUUCUGCCUGGGCUACUAUGCUCAAGAAGGGAAGAAGUGGGUACAUGGAUGCAUGUGUUCGUGUAGUAGAAGGAACUCAUACUUUAUGUGAACUGUUAUUGGCCAUCGAAGGCGUUGAGGUCAAAGGAAGUGCUGAUGUUUGUGUUGUUGCUUUCACGUGCGAUGGAGUCAAUAUACAUGCCUUGGUUGAUCGAAUGACACGCAAGGGAUGGCAUGUGGACGCUUUAGUAUCUCCUAGUGCUGCUAGAGUUCCAAUUACCCUUUCUAUGUGUGAAGAUGGAGUUCUGGAUGCUUUCGUCAAUGAUGUCAAUAGUUCGAUCAGCUUUUUACGGGAAAAUCCUAAUUGGGUGAAAAGCAGUAAACUGGCAUCUUUUUACCACAUGCUCAAGAACGUGACUGAUAAAGCAAUUUUGAACGAGUUGGCACUCUUAAGACUGGAGUCCCAUUACAGCUUGCCAUCCUCUUUAGAGCGUCGUCCCCAAAAAACUCUCAGUGUUGAAGGACGGAAGAUGAGUAUGAUAACAACAACGGAAACGAUGAGACAGCUUCAAGAGCUACGAGCUCGUCAUGCGGCUACUAAAUUGGAAGAAUCCAAAUAG